AUGGGCCUCAAGCAGGAAUUUCGUGAAGCUGUAGAGGCGGCUGCAGGCAUUGACUGGGCGGCAACGUCGGAUACCUCAUGCAAUAUGUUUGAGAUCAAUAUCAGACAGUUGGGAGGUCUACUCGCAGCAUUCGACCUGAGCCAGGAGCCGGCUCUGUUGGCAAAAGCUAUCGAGCUUGGGGACAUGCUGUACGCGGGAUUCGAUACCCCGAACCACAUGCCCCCUUUCUGGCUGGACUUUGAGAAGGCAAAGACAGGCCAACUAGUGGCAGAUCAACACCAAAGUUCAGCCGCGUUAGGCUCGUUUGCCCUUGAGUUCACUCGCCUAUCUCAGAUUACAGGAGAUCCGAAGUAUUAUGAUGCUAUCAGACGGGUGACCUUGACGUUUAUCGAACAUCAAGCCUCGACUCAGCUGCCGGGCAUGUGGCCAACCUUCGUUAAUGCCCGCUACCAGAGCUUUGUCGGGGAUAUGUUCACAUUAGGAGCUCAAGCAGAUUCCCUUUACGAGUACUUGCUUAAGCUCCAUUACCUCUUGGGUGGCUUAGAGCCAGCUUACGAGAAAGCUUAUAGGGAUUCUAUGGCCUCAGCGAUCAAACAUUUGCUGUUUAGGCCAAUGCUUCCUAAUGAUACAGAUAUACUAGUCGCCGGCUCCGCAAUUGUCAUUGCCGGGACUGCCACACUUAGCCCGGAAGGUCAACACCUAAGCUGCUAUACUGGUGGAAUGUUCGUCCUGGGGGGAAAGCUCCUUUCGCUUCCAGAGCAUGUCGACAUUGGUGCAAAAUUAACACAGGGUUGUAUCUACGCCUACAAUGCAUUUCCAACUGGUAUCAUGCCCGAGACCUUCCGGAUGCGGCCCUGUCCAUUGCUCCAAGAGUGCGCGUGGGACGAGACAAUGUCUUCUAGGUCACUACCAGAAGGGUUUGUUUCGGUCUCCGAUCGAUCCUACUCGCUUCGUCCAGAGGCUCUUGAAAGUGUGUUCAUACUCUACCGGACAACUGGGGAUCCGAAAUUACUAGACGCCGCGUGGACUAUGUUCGAAUCCAUACAAGCUGCCACGGAGACCGAAUACGCCAACGCUGCCAUCAUCGAUGUGACUGUGGCUGGUAAGCCAUUGAAGAAGGAUUCGAUGGAGAGCUUUUGGCUGGCAGAAACGCUCAAGUAUCUCUAUCUCAUUUUCUCGCCGCCUGAUCUUGUCAGCCUGGAUGAAUACGUCCUGAAUACCGAGGCACAUCCCUUGAAACGUCCGAGGUGA